GUUAUUUGUUUUCAGUGUUUUAAACUGUAAGAGUAAAUGUGUGCCGAUUGUCCAUACCGGGCUUUAAAUCUCGCUACUUACUGGUUCAAUUUCAUAUCAUCGCAGUGAUCAAAAGUACACGGUUUGAACAGUCUCUAUAUAAACCACUGGCGAAAAAAUUCGACCCAGCAAUUGUUUCUACUCGGUGUGUUGCUCUGUCUCUUAAGAAGCCUUUUUUUUAAUCAGGACCUUUUGUGCCCGCUGAUAACAAGUUACAUCGCUGUUUCGACUUUUGAGGACCCGUUAUCUUGCCUUCACAGGAGAUUGUUCCAUACCCGUGUUAUCUUGAAUUUGAUAAGAAAUCGUCAUAUAUAUAAUCAGCUCCGAUAUGGAAAGCCAACAGAUCAUACAUUGCCAGUUUCCGGAUGUCGCAAAAUCCCAAGAGCAGCCGACAUUGAGACCAUCUUCUGAACCGAUUUUCUUAUCACCAAGCGCAUUCAGGAUGAAGCUUUUAAGGAGGAUAGUCGCCGUGGAUGGGGGAACAAUCGACAAGAAGAGCUUAAAGACUCUGGAAACAAAAAAUAGUGAAAAGACUAUGAAGGCAUCCAUCAUAUUUCCUAAUGGAGAGGUUGGGACACUGAUUUCUUUAGAAAAGAUCGAGAAAAAGAAAGACUCAUCGGAAGAAGACCGACUGUUUCCUUCUCUUAAUGAAACGGACUAUUUUGAUAACACGGGCUUAAUGCACCCACAACCGAGAAAAGAGAAGCCAUUAAGGCUACCACCUAUUUCAUUACCAAGGAUAUACGAGCUCAAACCUUUACCGAUUUUACCGACAGACUAUAACUCUUUGGCCUCACCAGCAAAACCGAUCACCGAUGAAGAUUGGGAGGACCUUAAGGAGUGCCGAUAUCUCAGACCUUCUCCUCGGAAGUACAGAAACUCCGGUGACCAGAGGAUGCCUUGAUGAUGUACCUUAAAGACGAUAAUUUAUUUCAAAUCAAAAAAACUCUCAGAAAGGUGCUGUUGGACAAUUGGACAAUACUGUUCGAGACAAAUGGAGCAUUCUCCCGAAGGCUAUUUUUCUACUGUUUUAUAGUAGAAAAUUAUCGGGUUUUUUAAUGUUGAAAAUCUAUGGAACAGUUAACAAUGACGAGCUGAAUAUGUAACCGGCAAAUGUAUUGUGAAAGUAAUUUACGACAGGGACAACUUUACGAGGCUGUUGUUAAGACUUGAGUUAAGUGGUCUAAAGUGAAAUUGGAAUUCACAAAAUCUUAUCUGAAGAUGAUAAAUGCCAAUUUUUGAGUGUUGUUUCGAAGGAAUUAAAUCCCAAACAUGAAAUAGUAUGUCAUGGUAAAAUGUUUUAAAAUGGAUGUUAGGUUUUGGUAUUAAUGAAAACAAAUCCAUCAUUUUUCAUUCUACCAUAGGAGGUGACACGCACUCUUUAUAAAUGUUCCAUUGUUUGUAUUAAAGUUAUGGAUUGUUUUCCAAUG